AUGUGCUUUGUGGGAUGUUGGUGCUGGCUGGCUGCCCUUGAUGCGACCACUCAGGCUGUCGCGGACCGCUGCGCUCCCCUCUGGUUCCACUUGUACUCCAUUUUCCUGCAACCUUCCGACCCCGUAAAACCCGCGACUGGUGAAUCUGGGAAGAAGGAUGAGCGCUGCGAAGCUCUGUUAGAGUUAAUGGAGAACGGCCCAGUAGGCGAGUUCCCUACGCGAUGGCGCCUUCUGAGCGCUCUUUACUCCGCUCUUCAAAUCUGGCCGGGUCUCUCGCCUGAGGAACGAGCUUCCUCACUGCUGAUUGUAGGCAAUGUUGUCUGGUUUUAUGGACAGUUCGUAACACAUGUGAACAAGUCCCUCCUAGAGCAGCAGCGCGUUAUUCGAAAGGAAAUGAAGGAUUUCGUGGCGAUUAUACGAUGGGGCGAUUACACCGGUUUUUGGUCCCUCAAAGAGAAAGUUGAUCGUUCCAAGAAGACCAUUCAUAAACACGUGAGUUGCCAUUCUUGUAAUUCUUCUCUCAGUAAUGUUAUAAGAUUGUCUGGGAGGGUCUGCUACCCACACUGA